CCCUCACCAAGAAAUGAGAACAGGAAAAUAACACAAUAAAAAGAAAGAGCGUUGCUUCCAGGGAGCUUGGGCAGCUGGUCACCAUGUCGCCAACUCCAGAGUUCAGGGCUCCGAGCCAGACUGGGGAUCCUUGACCAGGUCCCUGGCCAUCUGGACCCUCAUUGGAUGGGAAUUUUAGGGGUGGACCCCACCCAGAUGCUAUAAGAAAGCCUGAAUGGCGUAACAAGCUCCAGUUUCUCUUUGGGGAGGCUGCCUUCGGAGCAGCGAAGGGAACAGCACCAGUGGUAGCUCGGGUCCCGUCGCCUGGGUGGGGACCCCCAGACCAGCCUGACUCACUGCUGCCUGUGACGCUGGACUUUGUUACACAUUCAAGCCCCCCUCUCCCCGAGGGACUGGCCUCCACCAUGUCCUUUGUCUGGCUCGCGGUGUUUCUGACGCCCGUCGGCAGCCUGCUGGAAAGGGACCCCGAUCCAGGCGCACCAAUUAGCAACAUCAGGGUGGAUCCAAGACGAGGAAGAGUGGUCUGGGACCUCAACGGAAGUGUCGCCGAAGUUACCUGCUCCACAGGCUCAGUGUAUCUCAGCAAGGCAGACAAUACCACCACCUACUGCCAGUUUUAUGCAUUUCUUCUGUGCAAAACGACCAACUAUACCAUAACAGUGACCAGUGGCCCGCCGUUUUCAACUGUGAUUCAGUAUCCUAAGCCAGAUGGGAAGCCGGGGGCAGCUGCGGAGAACCUGACCUGCUGGAUCCAUGAUGUGGACUUCCUAGAGUGCAGCUGGGCUGUGGGCAAGGCAGCCCCCUGGGACGUCCAGUACCACCUGUACCUUAUUGAAACCCCCAACUACGAAGAGUGGGCAUGUGGGCAUUACACUACGGAUAUGCGGGGAAUACAUACCGGCUGUCAUUUCGACAACAUCUCUAAGCUAAAAAAUCACCACCACCACUUCGUGGUGAAUGGGACCAGUGAGGGAUUCAUAAUCCCGUGCACCGAGAUCUUUGCCACGUUGUCAGAGAUUGAGAUACUGGCUCCUCCUAGCCUCAGUGGGAGGUGCAAUAAGUCAUAUUCCCUCAUGGAGUGGAAUAUGUCAAGUCAUUUCAUCUGGGACUUUAUCUAUGAGCUUCAGAUACAAAAGGGCACGGAUCCCACCCACCUAAACACGCCUAUCGUGACGGACAAAAACUCCCAUGAGCUCGUGAACCCCGGAACGUACGUGGCGAGGAUCAGAGCCAGGAACAACUUUGGGAACACAUGGAGCGGGUGGAGUCCGCCCCGGAGUUUUGAGUGUGACAAGGACGGGAGCCUCGGGAUCUGGCCGGCGACUCUGUCCAUAGCUCUGGGGACACUGCUCACCAUCCUGCUCGUGGUGCUGCUCUGCAGGAGGUUCUCUGUGAUCCAGAAAAUCUUCCCUCCAAUCCCUCAGAUGAAAGACCCCGUCAAAGACUUCUUCCAGAAUGACAGGCUGGUGCGUGGCCUCUUGUCUUCUGCUCUGGGUGUUUCCGGGGACUGGGGGUGGUGUCUCCCUGCCCAGGGAAGACUCUGGCGAGGGGUCAGCGGAGGAGGCUGUCCUGUUUGGAUGCCAGGAGGUGAUCCAGGGUGGCCCUGCCCCAGGCUGGCAAAGCCUGGAGCCCAGUGAGCCCCUUGCCUGGGUCUGGGAGCUCUGGGACGGGGCAGCCUGCACACUGCUGUCCUGAGUGGGGAAACUUCCUGACUCACCCCUCCUCCCCGCAGGCUGUCUGGGAUGUAGUCCAAGAGAGCUGGGAAGAGUGCCCGGUGGAAGAAGUGCAGGCUGUGGGGGAGACAUGAGCCCAGGGCAGCCGUGCCCGAUGGACGCUUAGAGGGGUGGCAGGGGUGGAUCACACCACCACUCAUUCUGGAAGGGCUGCCCUGGGAAGAUGGGACUGUUAGGAUUGAACUGUGUCCCCCAAAACGUGUUGGAAUCCUAACCCCUAUACCUGUGGAUGUGGUCCCAUUUGGGAACAGGAAUUUGUCAUGUUAAUGAGUCAUAUCAAUGUAGGGUGUGUCUUAAAUCAAUCUCUUUUGAGAUGAAAGAGGCAGAUUAAGCAAGCACACAUGGGGAGGAUAGAUACCCCAGAUCUCCAAGGAACAGAAGCUGAAGAGACAAGCACUUUCUUUCCCCUAGAGCCAGUACCCUAAAAUUCGGACUUCUAUCUUCCUGAACUGUGAGAAAAUAAAUGUUUGUUAAAACUGCCUAAUUGUGGUAUUUUUCUUUUUUAAACACUGCCGACUUCCCACGAUAUGUUGCCUUUCCUUCCACCAAUACUUAAUUCGUAAUUUUCCCUCAUCCCUGACAACCAUUUUGUUUUUUUCCUGCAUGUAAAUCUGUUGUAACACUGGCUUCACACAAUAUUUGUACUUUUGUGAUUAGCUUCUUUCACUCAGCCGUCCAGAUUCAUUCAUGCCGUGAGAUGUUUCAAAGGUUCAUCGAUACUCUUUAUUGAUGCGUACUAUUCCAUUGUAUGUACCAUAGCUCGUUUAUCCAUUCAUCUGCUCAUGGGCACCUAGGUUGUUUCCAUUUUUUGGGCUAUUGUGAACAAUGCUGAAAUGAACAUGGGUGUGCAUGUCUAUCCGUGUGACAGCCCUUAUUUCUCUAGGAUAUAUUCCCAGGAGUGCCAUUUCUCUCAAAGCACCACUAAGAGACUAAGAGGGGCUCAACCCGUGUGACAUCUCACAUCUCCUAAUAAAGUGCUCUUUUCUCUACUGCAAGUCCACCCUGAGCCCCACACCCUCCCUCAUCCCAGCUGGUAUCCCACUGACCAGCCCAUGGUUUGCUCCUUCCUGACUCCUCACCCGGCCCCACCUGGUCCCCAACUUUAAUACAGCGACACCUGUGAGAACCGGAACUCGACGGGGCAGCCUGGCUUUUCCCAGUCUCAGAAGUUUCCCACCACUGACAGCGUGCCAUCUCUCCACUUUUCUAUUGCUCGUUUUAGUGAAAAAUAAUCACGUUUUCCUCUUCCGUCUUUUACAGGUUUUACUGCCAUGUCUUCUCACCGUAUUUUCAGUCUUUGGGAGCACUUGAGAUGGUUUAUGUAACAAGGCAGGGUCCAGCUUCCCUUAACCAGCUGUGUGUGUGCAAAAACAAAAAACACCUGUUGCUGUCGAGUUGCUUCCAACUCAUGGUGCCCCCAGGUGUGUUGGAGUGAGCUCCACAGGCCUUCCCUUCGAGGUGCCUGAGUGAACUGGAACCUCCAACCUUUCAGUUAGCACCUGCGUGAGUAGUCACUGUGUUAUGUACCGAGAUACCACCGUCAUUUCAAGUACCAGCAGGGACCCCAUGGUGGACAGGUUUCAGCAGACCUUCCAGAUUCAGACUAGGAAGAAAGGCCUGGAGAUCUACGUCCCAAAAUUAGCCAACAAAAACCUCAGGGAUCACGGCAGGACACUGUCUGACUCGCUUUGGACGCAUCGUCGUCAGAAAACCAUGCUCCAUAAGGUUUUCAUUGGCUGAUUUUUCGGAAGGAGACUGACAGGCCUUUCUCCUGA